GAUCUGGUGUAGGAGUGGAUCAGGUGUACCAGCCAACGCUGUGGUAUUUUGAUCUGCUUGGCUUUCUUAGUGAUCAAGAAACGCCAAGACCAAGCAGAAGUACAAUUGAAGAUGAAAUUGGAGUGUUAACGAGCGAGGAAAUGGAACACGAGUGUGAAGGAGAGAAUGACAUAGAAAAUGUAGCCAUUGAAGAUACUGACUCGAAUCCAGUGACACCAGUAACUGGAGAGUCAACUCCAAUGACACCAGUUACUCCGAGAUCAUCAAACUCUAAUAACAGCUUGAGUAACGCUCCUCGUGGGAAGCGGAAACGUUCAAUGGAGGAUAAAACAGGCGAAAUAUUGUCACUGGUGGGCAAAAAAUUGAACACAAUGCAGCCACCAGAUCCAUUCGACACAUUCGGCCAGCAUGUGGCGAACAAGCUACGUGCACUCACCCCUCAACAGAAUAUCAUUGCACAAAAAUUAAUCAAUGAUGUGCUAUUUGAAGGUGACAUGGAGUCUUUAAACAGAAACUUUAAGGUUGUUGAGGCUGAGACACUUUCAAACAUGGAAAGCCAAAACCUGACACAGUUUUUUAAAGGUUUUCAAUAA